CUAAAACUCACGUGGGAUGUAAGGAUGUCAAUUUUACUUGGUGUUCCAGACGAGAAAGUUGGUGACAGAUCAUCAGAUUUCACCACAAACAAAAUAGGAGGACUCCCAGAUUGGGUUGUUCCUGGAAGUAAAAUACCAACAUGUCGGUGCUGUGGGAGAUUUAUGUCCCUUGCUGUUCAACUAUACUGUCCAUUAGAGGGUUCCCAAUACCACCGAACCCUCUAUCUGUUUUCCUGUCACUACAAGACAUGCUGGGGAAAACCAGACAGUUGGACAACUGUAAGAUCUCAGAAGUUGGAUGAGAGUUUUGUUACCAAGGCGAAAAAGCCAGAGAAAGUAAAACCAAGUGCUACGUCGGAAGAUUGGGGUGUGGCUGCUGACGACUGGGGAGUGGAUGCAGAUGAUUGGGAGACUGGAACUGAUGACUUUGGGUCAGGGAGUGAUAAUUUCCUGGCAGGGAACACCAUGAGUAAGACUGAAGUCAAGGGUGAGAGGUCAGAUGUCAAUACAGGGCAUGACCUUGGGACAAGUUGGACAGAUGUGGUGGUAGGAUCAAGUGCAGUAGGAAAUGUAAAUUUAUCGGAAAUGUCCUGUAAUUCUAGCCUCAGUCAAGAUCAGGAAGAGCUGUUAUCAACAGGAGGAUCUAAUGAUCUCCAAGGAGAAAUGGCACAAUUAAAUGUUCACGAUUUUGAUGACAGUGAUUCCGAAAAAUCUGAUUCAAAUAUUGUCAUGGAUACAGACAGUGUCACUUUGAAAGUUACGGAAGAAGGUGUUAAAGAAAUGAUGAACUUAUUAGUAAGGAAAGCACCAAAUCAAAAUAGCAAAGGUCAAGGUCAAACCAGUGCUGUAGAGAGUUGCCAUGGCAAUGAAGGACAAAUAUUUGAAUCCUAUUAUAUCAGUGUAUUUUACGAACCAGAAAAUGUGGAGGAAAGUACUAGUCAUAUACAGGACCUUAUCCGAAAUUAUCGGCAAAAGGAACGUGGGGACUUUGAUCCAUUACCUGCAGAGAAGGGAAGGUCCAAGGGAGGGGGUGAAACAUACGAGGAGGAUCAUGUCGUCCAUGGCGAUAAAUAUUUCUACAAAUUCACCAAGAGGAUAGCCGCCUGUCCACAGCAAUGUAUACGGUAUCAGUGGAAUGGAAAUCCUCUGUACAUUUCUCGGCCUGACCCUAAGAUGGCCACAGCACUCACAUGUGGUCAGUGUGGAGGUCAAGCCAUGUAUGAAUUACAGCUGCUGCCAGCAUUGGUCAACUUCCUCCGUAUUCGAGACACGACAGAACCAGCGACAGAGUUUGGGACAGUACUUGUGGUCAGUUGUCGAGGUAGCUGUUGGAGGGACACAGAUACCACCCUUCAGGAGGCCACCUUAGUGCAGCCUGACCCUGACAAUCACCUGUUCAGAUAAUAGGAGUCAACCACAGAGAAUUUCUUGGCUAAAACUUAUCCCAUACUUAAACCUUGCCAUGGUGUCGACAGGGAAUUCCAAGGAUGAUAUUCAUCUCGGAGCAACCAACCCAGUCAAAUCGUAGAGGUCACCAACUGCAAGGAAACGCCUUAUCUCCAAUUAUCCAAAACCCCUGAAUUCUCAGAAUACAUGUUUUCCUGGACUGUCCAUUCUGUAUGACCUAUUACUUGUCAAGUGUUAGAGCUUUAACACUUUGGUCAUUCUCCAAGCUGGGCAGAUGACUAGAUAACUUUACUUGCCCAAAGUUUCAAUGAUGGUAAAUGAGUGAUUUAGAAUAAAGAGAAAA